AUUCUAGUUCUGUCCACAAUAUAUAACUACUAGCCUGUAAACCCAAUAUAUAGAAAUGCCUAUGUAUCGGUAGAAGACACAUGGCCUUGUCGCAAUUGUGUUGCAUAACAUUAAUGUAUUAAUGUUAUUUAUGUUGAGACGUUUUUUGUCCUUGUGAAAAGACCCAGUCCACGCCUUUACCGAUCGCACUAGAGCGCACUAGGCGCUUCUGCUUCGCGUCUGGCUGUAUCCCACGAGAUUUCCCAUAUAAGCUUGCCCUGAUGUAGCCUAAUUGAGUUGGUGAAAAUACCUCUAUGCGGAUGUCCUGGUGCAGCUACACAGAAAUGAACGCAUGCGAUACACGCGGGUAAAGUGUAUGGCUAUUGUUAGAGAAUAUUUUCAAAACGUGCCACAAUUAGCAGGCUAUUAAAGUGAGGGAAUAUGGUGGAUUUGGAGAGCGAGGUACCCCCUCUUCCGCCAAGGUACAGAUUCAGAGACUUACUCCUCGGGGACCAAACUUUACCAAGCGACGACAGAGUUCAAAUCGAAUUUUAUGUAAAUGAAAAUACUUUCAAAGAGAGACUAAAACUAUUCUUCAUCAAAAACCAAAGAUCAAGUCUGAGAAUCCGUGUGUUCGAUUUCUCUCUAAAGGUCUUAAGCUGCAUUUUAUACAUAUGCCGAGUACUAGAUGACUCAGAUAAUGGAUAUGCAUGUUGGGGCUGCCCUACCCAAAACUAUACUCUACUGGCGAUCGACUGGGCUCCAGUGAUAUGGGUCGAAAGGAGUAAAAUGAGUCUGUGGAUCUUACAGGUUUUUGUUGCACUGAUAUGUCUUUCUGAAACAAUCUUGUUGACCUAUUUAAGCUACAAGGGUAAUAUAUGGGAAGAAAUUCUUCGAAUCACAUUUAUGUUGGAGAUGGUAAACACAGUUCCUUUCUUACUCACAGUCCUUUUUGCUCCUCUCAGAAACCUUUUUAUUCCUGUGUUCCUGAACUGCUGGUUAGCAAAGCAUGCUUUGGAAAAUAUGAUUAAUGACCUUCAUCGAGCCAUUCAACGGACCCAGUCCGCUAUGUUCAAUCAGGUUCUCAUCCUGAUAACAACUCUCAUCUGUCUCAUGUUUACCAGCAUAUGUGGGAUUCAGCAUCUCGAACGGGCUGGAAACAAGCUAUCGUUGUUUGAUUCCUUCUACUUUUGCAUUGUGACUUUCUCCACGGUUGGAUUUGGGGAUGUUACCCCCAACAUCUGGCCCUCCAAGCUGCUGGUGGUCAUCAUGAUAUGUGUGGCACUGGUGGUCCUUCCCAUUCAAUUUGAACAGCUGGUCUAUCUGUGGAUGGAGCGGCAGAAAUCCGGUGGGAACUACAGCAAACACCGCGCCCAAACAGAGAGGCACGUGGUCCUGUGUGUGAGCUCCCUUAAGAUCGACUUGCUCAUGGACUUCCUGAACGAGUUCUAUGCCCACCCCAGACUGCAGGAUUACUAUGUCAUCAUCCUGUGCCCGACAGAGAUGGACGUGCAGGUGCGCAGGGUCCUGCAGAUCCCCCUGUGGUCCCAGAGGGUCAUCUAUCUCCAGGGCUCAGCGCUCAAAGACCAGGAUCUGUUUCGGGCCAAACUGGACAAUGCUGAGGGGUGUUUCAUCCUGAGCAGUCGCUGUGAGGUUGAUCGUACAGCUUCGGACCAUCAAACUAUAUUGCGCGCCUGGGCAGUGAAAGACUUUGCCCCUAGCUGUCCCCUGUACGUGCAAAUCCUCAAACCAGAAAAUAAAUUCCAUGUAAAAUUUGCCGAUCAUGUCGUGUGUGAGGAGGAGUUUAAAUAUGCAUUGCUGGCCCUGAACUGUAUCUGUCCAGCCACGUCCACUCUCAUCACUUUGUUGGUGCAUACCUCCACGGGCCUGGAAGGUCAGCAGUCUCCAGAGGAGUGGCACAGAAUGUAUGGGCGGUUUUCUGGAAACGAAGUCUACAACAUCAUAUUACAAGAUAGUGUGUUCUUCUCAGACUACAAAGGGAAGAGCUUCACAUAUGCCUCUUUCCAUGCACAUAAGAAGUAUGGCGUGUGUCUGAUUGGUGUGAAGCAGAAAGAUAAGAAGAGCAUUCGUCUCAACCCCGGCUCCCACUUCACCAUGAGUUGCACAGACACAUGCUUCUACAUCAACGUCACCAAGGAGGAGAACUCCAUCUUCAAAGCCCAGAGGGAGGAGAGUCGGCGGGGCAGCAAAAAGACCCAUCUCCCCAUGCACAGCAUCCUCGCCAGCAUGGGCACUGUGGCCAUAGACCUCCAGGACACCAGCAGCAGGCCCAGCUGGGACUCCACCCUGAACCUGCCAUGUGACUCCUCCAGGACCGGGCGGAAGAGCAGCAUCGCCCCCGUAAUGGAGGUGGAGGACACGUCCUCCCUGCACACCUGCGACCUCUCCAGCGACCAGUCGGAGGACGAGACGCUGCCCUCCUGUGAGGAUCUCUCCACCGAGGGAUUCGUCAAGGGAUAUCCUCCAAAUCUGCCCUACAUCGGAAGCUCUCCCACACACUGCCAUUUGCUGAAGGAAAAAGUACCAUAUUGUUGCCUGAGACUAGAAAAGGAGUGCACCCAUAACCAAUAUGAGGAUGCCAAAGCUUACUGCUUCAAGAACAAGUUGGUAAUAGUGUCAGCUGAGACAGCAGGAAAUGGGCUUUACAACUUCAUAGUUCCUCUAAGAGCUUCGUACAGGCCCAAGAGAGACCUCAACCCCGUAGUGCUGCUGCUAGAUAACAAGCCAGACGCAAACUUUCUGGAGGCUAUUUGCUGGUUCCCUCUGGUUUACUACAUGGUUGGAUCAAUUGAUAACCUCGAUGACCUUCUGCGCUGUGGAAUCUCUUUUGCUGCCAAUAUGGUGGUGGUGGACAAAGAGAGCACUAUGUGUGCAAAGGAAGACUAUAUGGCAGAUGCGAAAACCAUUGUCAAUGUGCAGACACUAUUCAGGUUGUUUUCGAGUUUGAGCAUCAUCACUGAGCUGACCCAUCCAGCUAAUAUGAGAUUCAUGCAGUUCAGAGCAAAGGACUGUUACUCACUGGCUCUCUCCAAAAUGGAAAAGAAAGAGAGGGAGAACGGUUCCAACCUGGCCUUCAUGUUUCGGCUGCCGUUUGCUGCAGGGAAGGUGUUCAGUAUCGGCAUGCUUGACACUCUUCUUUAUCAGUCUUUUGUGAAAGACUACAUCAUCACCAUAACAAGGCUUCUGCUUGGCCUGGACACAACCCCAGGAUCCGGCUUCCUUUGUGCUAUGACCAUCACACAGGAGGACUUGUGGAUCCAGACAUAUGGCAGACUGUACCAGAAGUUGUGCUCCUCUAUUGGAGACAUCCCCAUCGGGAUCUACCGCACAGAGCUGCUAGACUGUGAAUCCUGUGAGGGCAGGCAGUCCCAGCUCUCCGUGAGUGUGGACGACUUUGAGGAGAGUCAAGAGCAGAAGGAGGCGAGGGAGCACUGCUCCUCUGGGAAGAGGGUCUCGCACACCUCCUCCUCCAGUGAGACCCCCUCCGACAGCCGCCCGCUGCUGCACAGGAAGAGCAUACAGUGGGCUCGCCGGCUGAGUCGCAUGGGGGCGCGGCCCGCCUCACGACCCCCGGAGAGGACCAGCCAGCAGCGCACGGGCCUGCCCCCACGGUCCGAGAGACAGGAGCUGGCCGAGCUGGUCAGGAACCGCAUGAAGAACCUGGGCCUGUCAGUGGAAGGAUGCGAUGAAAUGAAUGAGAGUCUAAGCAGCCACUCUUACAUUUUAAUCAACCCUUCUCCAGACACCAGACUGGAACUGAAUGACAUUGUGUAUAUAAUUCGUCAGGACCCUCUAUCCUUUGAGCCUGACAAAUUGGAAAGCAGGACGAGCAGUUUUGGAAACAGUCAGUGGAUAACUGAGAGGACAUAAUGAGAGAGUCAGCUUUGAGGUUGUUCUAUUAUUUAUGAACAUGUGUAGUAUGAUCUCUGUCUUGUAUACCCAUUUGCCACCACACGAUUUCAUCACCUGCGUGAUAUCAGAUCCCUGAGAAUUGAUGCUAGAUGGAAAAUAAAAUGUCUCCCUGGUGCCAGGAAGGUGGCUUCAUCCUGUAAAAGUGCAAAUAUAUCCUGUAGGUAUCCUGAGUGUAGCCAGUGUUUAGCAAUGUAUUCAUGUUUAUAUAUCUCUUACAAAACUCUAAACUACAAAAUGGCAAGCUGUUUAACACUGAUUUUGAGGUUGCCCUUGACCAUAAUGACACAACAGUAAUUAUGGUCAAAUAAGUCAAAUUCCAUUGAUGAAUAAAUAUUACAGAUACUUGAAAAAUUAUGCGAAUUAUAAACAUAAAGACAUAUAAUGACAAUAGUAUUGAUGUGCCCAUUAAUGAGAUACAAAAUGGACACACAAUAUUUUGACAUUAACCUCAGUAAGUUGUCCUUUGUCAUGUAACUCCUUAUAUCUCUAUCCUUGCAUAGCACACUAAUGUUUUUAAGAGUGACUCGCUCUCGAGUAUGUCGCUUCAUGUCUCAUCCGCCUUUUAAUUUCACACAUACAGAAGCGUAGAUGUGGCAGUUUCCAUAAAGGGGAACAUGCAGAGAUACAUGAGACCAGUCAAGUGAUCAAUCAGUCUGUCACUCAAUACAGCUCGCUUUGCUGCCUGUACUUGUAUCCAGUAGAGGAAAGCUGUUUGAGGAGAUUCAUAAGAAUCACACCCAUACUGUCUGUCACAUAGCCUUCAUAACAUCGUCACCUUGAUGUUUUGCAUGAAACAAAGACAACAAGAGGAGAGGAAAACAAAUAGGCUACAGUAUACACAGGAUGUGAUGUCUGGAACUGCCGUUUGUAAAGGUCACAUUGAUCAGUGACCACUCAUGUGAAAUACGAAAUGAAUGCUUCACAUUUUGCAUGCAGCCUUAUUAAACCUCAGUGUACAAUCAAUAAACACCACGCUGUAUAUUGACAGUGGUGUAGACUUUCAAGGCAGUGGUUGCAGUUAGCUCUUAAAGGCUCUCCUUUUCAGAAAUCAUUGAAUUGAUUAAUUGAUGUGAUUGGUUUAGAGCAUGGUCAAUACAAAGAAAGGACAUGUCCUCCUGAUGUGGUGAUUUGUUUUAUUUGUUUGGCUGUUCUGUCUUCAGCACCCUCAGUCUGCGCACAGCAGAUGGAGGGCAGUGCAAGCAGUGAAGCAUCAAAACCAAUUCCUUCUCUAUGUGCCACGAUAAUUCGCAGCAGAACACAUUUUCACGCUAUCAGAUCCCUCUAUUGCAUUUUCUGCUAAAUUGUCUGUGUGCCCGCCCGUGUUGAAAAACAAAACAACUGUGGCACCCCCGCAGUCUGACCACAUGACACAUGCUUGGCAGGGAACGAGGAGAGCACACUGUAGGCUAGAGGAAACACUCCACUGCAAGUAAGAAACAAACAUCUGCACUCAUGCAGAGGCUAUUUGUCAACCAGGCACUCUGAUGAAUGAGAACACAUAUGCAGGGCGAUUUUAAUGAUCAUAAAGACCACUGCAAGGACACAGAGCUUUCUCAAACCACUAUGGCACUGCUUGCUACACUUAAUUUAGUCUCAGCCGAUUUUUAUUUAGAAGGAUUCAUGAGGAUGUUAUUCAUUACACCUUAUGUUGGAGUGCAACAAAUUACAUUCUCAUAGCUAGCACCACCAACUGAACUGCAUGAAAGCUGCAUGAAUAUAUUUCAAACCUUAUUUGAAAACCUAUCAAAUUAUAUGAUUGUAUGUGUAAUCAUAAUUCAUUAAAUCGCAUUUGAUUUUAAAAUCACAAGAUCUCCAUCGAAUCACUGUUUCAACAUCCCUCCUCACUUUAUCUUAAAUACAGUGCACCCACUGAAGUGGACAUAGAAAUGUGGUAGUAUAUAUGCUCAGCCUAUCCUCUCCUGAGUGGAGUACCCUUGCCGCAUGCUGCUCAUGUCAUGAAAUCCCUCGGUGAGAUGAAAGCCCUGAGCCAUCAAAGAUUCUCUCUCUCUGUCUCUUCCCUGACCCCGGGAGCCCCAGUGGAGCCAGAGGCGGGUUGGAGGAUGGGGUCUCUGUGGGCCUGGGCACCACAGCAUGGGAAGGGGCCAAAUGAACGUGGGGCGCCUCACAGGCAGAUGACGGAGAAAUCCCUCCAGGCACUGGGCUGCCUCAACACUCCAAGUGCCCACAGGGUAUGCUGUGUCUACAGGGAGAUCCUUGCGGUUUGCAUGCUGUUUGAGACACAGACAUGCAAGGUAUGUGACACUUUCAUGUGACAUGGAAAUGACCUUAUGAAAGAUGGAUAGGAUAGGAUGUUUUCUGAGAAUGUUGUUAUUAGGAUCUUCUGGGACAUCACAUUACUAUGAUGAAAAUUGAAGUCUGAUCCCUGCUACCAUGCAAGAGUCAGAAACAAGCAGAAGCUAAACUCAUAACCACAAAGCUUGAUGAGCAUUUGUAAUGGUUUUAGCUGAGUAGUAAUAAAGGUGUGGUCCCUAUCAUGAUUAAACUGUUCACUGUGGCAUUCUAGGUGGGGAAACUCCUAGUCUUAUUUGUGCAUAUAUCCAUGUCAGCCUUGAUACCAUAAUAGCUUCAGAAUGUGUUACACUGGCAACACAAUACCCCGUAAUACAUUUUCCUGUCAAAUAAUAUCAUAUUGCUGUGACAUUUAUUAAAGGUUAUUGUCAUUAAGUUAAUUGAUACAAUACCAAUCUGAGAUUUGACAUAUGCUAGUAAAACACUGUCAGGAGGAGUCCAUGGCCUUUCAUCUUCAUGAGUGGGAUUGUAUUAUAUGGUGCAAGUGCAAUUAGGAUGUUUCCAAACCCACUUUCCCUAGUUUAAAGGAGUAAUGGUUAGGUGUCAGGUGCAUGGUCCAAAAUGCUUGUAUGAAGUUUGUAACUUAAUUGUUGGGAAGUGUUGAGUGUAAUUUAAGCUACUGUUUGUAACUUAAGUGUCGAGAAGGUUACUAAGUAAAUGUUGGGAGGUUACUUAAGUCAGUGUUGGGACUUAAGUCCCAACUUAAGUUAUUUUUUUUAUACAUAAACAUCCGUAACGUAUGUAAUACAUACGUAAUACAUGUGACAAAAAAAUGUUAUGGGCUUGAAAUUGCAUAUGGAUCCAUGACUGCACCUUUAAAACUAACUGUUGGUAUAUAU